AUUUGUUUGUUUAUAUGAGGUGGCACUGAGUGUUACAGACUGAGUUGUUGAGUUGUUGUUUCAUCAAUACUGGUUAUCCUAAUGUUCAUCAUUAGAAAAGAUUUAUUACAUAGUACUGGAUUCAUUCUAUGCAUUCUAUAUCUUUCCAUAAUUAAUUGUUGUUCAACAUUCAAACUUAUCAAAUAUCAACAUCAUCCUCAUCAACAUGGUGAUCUACCAAGAACACAUAUACUAUCAUUACCGCCAUUACAGAAAAGAUUUGAAUUAUUUGAACCAUUAGAUACAAAUUUAGUUAGAGCAAUGUUUAUUGGCAAUACAGAUCGUUUAGCUCAUCAUCAUCAAUAUCAUCCUAAUCAAUAUCAACAUCAACAACAUCAACAACCGCCUGGUCUCAAUCCGAAUGAUCUAGAUGAGGAGAAUGUUUUAAAUGAUCAGAUGUAUCAUCAUCAUCAUAAAAUAAAUCGUCACACUAUUGAAGAUGGCGAUGACGAUGGUGAUGAUGAUGAUGGCGAGAAUAAUCAUCGUCAUCAUCAUCAUUUAAAUGAAGAAUAUUAUACAAAUUUAAAAAAUCCUCUAGGAAGUCUCAUGAGAUAUGGAUAAACACAACGUUGUUAAUGAAUUAGAAAAAAAAAUUAAUCAUUGAACACAUUUACUGUUGAACAUUGAUUGAAACAUUGAAUAAUUAAAUUGUGAAUGAAUUUUGAAAAUCUAAUUUAAUAACUGUGU